UCAUGUGAGUACACGUGCGUACCUCUACGGCCACCGUACUUAUAACCGAUAACCGGUUAGCUUGUGCGGUCUUUCUGACAUGAGAUACAACCGGCGAAAUAUCUCCUCUUCCAACAAUAACGAGCAGAGGAAUUCAAAGAGUUCAACGGGGUUUGGUGGUCAUUAUCAAUGACAGAGGCCGACGAAAGGCUGUUUAUUGGCAAAGCGAUAAUUCAUUUUCUCGGCGGAGUGAGAGUCCUUUGUUAUGGAGAGAGAGAGAAAGAUGUCAUUGUUGUCCAAAGUCCGUUCGUUUCGAUGGAUGGAUUGAUCCGGGGAACUGCGAGUCAGAUGUCGAUUAUGACCGUAUCAAUAGAUUCAUGACAUGAGAUUUAAACCCGGAUUCAGCUGUUGUCCAAGCACAGAAAGCGUGAACAAUGAGAAGAAGGAAUGGAGCAGCAUCCUCAAAUCAUGUGGAUCCUUCUGAGUCAGAUAAUAUCAUUCCGGAGACGCCUGAACCCAAACGUCCAUCAGGAACAUCUCUCUCCAUCUCCCAUUCUGAUUCUGACUCUGAUGUUGAGAUAUCUGGCAGUUCUUUGAUGCUAGUCAGCCAAGAGGAGUCUGAGAACAAAGCAGAAUCAAAUGAGAAUGUGGCAUCACCGUCUUCUGGUGAGGUGGAGGUGACGGAGUUGAAGACAGCGGGAGUUCAGCAGCACAGAUCUACCUCACAAAGAAGCCAGAAACAACUAAUGGUGACCGAGAGCGCAUCCCCCUCACCCUUGAACACAUCUGAGAGAGCAGACUCUGAUUUGGUCCACGAGAGGAGACGGCAGCAGAUGUGUGGCUCUUCCCUGGAGAGCACCAGCUCCCGGCACAGCAAAAAGAGGCGGGAUCCGUCGAUGGAUGAUUCAGAGGAUGAAGAGCCAGAGCCAAGAUCUAAAGAACAGGAACGUAUGCUGAGAAAACUCCAGAGAAGGUUCCCACACCUCAACAAAAAUGAACUCAGGGAUGUACUGCAUGAACAUUGCUGGCUUGUUGAAGAUGCCUUAGAAGCGUUACGAAUGUUUUCUGACACUGCCGUCGAAUCUGAGAGUGAUGAAUCUCAAACUUCUCCUGCUGCCAAACGCACCAGACGGGUCACAAAACCCCGUCAGAAAGCUCAGGUCACCCAACGUCCCUGCACCCCCCCGCCGAAACCACGCAGAUCUCUUAGGACCCAAACGUCUCAGAUGAGCAGAAGGCAGUCGGUGGUGAUCUCAGAGGAGGAAUGCAUCGACUCGGAUGCCUCUUCUGUCAUUUCAUUACUGGACUCUGACGCUGACCAGUCAAACGAGACUCUAACCAAACUCAAGUCUGAGAUCCUCGGCUAUUUUCAGAUGGCUUCAGUGGAUGAACUCACCCUCAUUGCAGGAUGCUCUCUGAAGAAGGCUCAGAAGAUCAUUGAGCUCAGACCAUAUAAAACAUGGAAAUGUCUGGAUUAUGCUAUGCGUAGAGGGAACAGCCUUUCCACCGGGCUGCUGGCAGGAUGUCGUGAUGUUCUAAAGGAAAGAGAAGUUGUAAAGGGUCUCAUGAGUAAGUGCGAGGAGAUUUCGGAAAAGCUGAUUCAAGAUGUAACCCAAGUGUUGAACAAGGGCUCGGGUUCAAUGAGUCAGCCCCAGAUCCUCACUAGCACACUCCAGUUAAAGCCAUACCAGCUAAUAGGACUGAACUGGCUUGCACUACUGUAUCAGAACAAACUGAGUGGAAUCCUGGCAGAUGAGAUGGGUUUGGGGAAGACCAUUCAGGCCAUUUCAUUUCUGGCCCAACUGUAUCAGGACGGAAACCAGGGUCCUCAUCUUAUCACCGUUCCUGCCUCUACACUCGAUAAUUGGGUCAGAGAAUUGGAACUUUGGUGCCCCAGUUUGAAAGUGCUGGUGUAUUACGGGUCUGUUGAUGAUCGAAAGUACAUGCGCUACGAGAUACUGAAUCGACUGGUGGAUUACAACAUCAUAGUUUCAACCUACAACCUGGCGAUCGGAAAUAAUAGUGACCGCAGCCUGUUCAGCAAGCUCAAGCUGGAGUAUGCCGUGUUCGACGAAGGCCACUUGCUGAAGAACAUGAACUCGCUUCGAUACCGACACCUCAUGGCCAUCAACGCCAAACAUCGACUGCUGCUCACGGGAACGCCGUUGCAGAACAACCUUCUAGAGCUCAUUUCCUUGCUCAACUUCAUCAUGCCCAACAUGUUCUCCAGCAGCACUUCACAGAUCUCCAAGAUGUUCUCCAUGAAGUCCUCUGAGGAGCAGAGCAGCUUCGAGAGGGACAGAAUCGCUCACGCCAAACUCAUCAUGAAGCCGUUCAUCCUCAGACGCGUGAAGAGCGAGGUCCUGAAGCAACUGCCUGCCAAAGAGGAGCAAAUUGAAUUUUGCGGCAUGUCCGAGAGGCAGCAGAAACUGUACAGCGGCCUGUUUGACAAACUGAAGCGUUCCAGUAAUGCCGAAAAGCGGGAGCUGACCAAUGUGAUGAUGCAGCUGAGGAAGAUGUCCAAUCACCCGCUCCUUCACAGGCAGUAUUAUACCUCCGAGAAGCUUACAGCCAUGAGCAAACUCAUGCUUAAGGAGCCAAGCCACCGCGAUGCAGAUCCGGCUCUGAUCAAAGAGGACAUGGAGGUGCUUUCAGACUUUGAGUUACAUCAUCUCUGUCAGCAGUACUGUACUCUGCAGGAAUACCAGCUCGACACAGACGUAUUGCUGGACUCGGGAAAGCUCAGCUUCCUCGCACAGCUGCUCGAGUCCCUGAAGGAGAAGGGCGAUCGAGUGGCUCUCUUCAGCCAGUUCACAAUGAUGCUUGACAUUUUGGAGGUGUUCUUGAGACACCAUAAGCACAGAUACAUCAGAAUGGACGGUUCAACCCCCAUGGGUGACAGAAUUGGGCUGAUUGACCAGUUCAACACAGACACGGACAUAUUUGUGUUCCUGCUGUCUACCAGAGCCGGAGGUUUGGGCAUUAACCUGACAUCUGCCAAUGUGGUCAUUCUUCAUGAUAUUGACUGCAAUCCUUACAAUGACAAACAGGCUGAAGACCGCUGCCACAGAGUGGGACAAACCAGGACGGUAAAGGUGAUCAAGUUGAUAAGUAAAGACUCUAUAGAGGAUGCCAUGCUCCGGAUUGGAGAAAGAAAACUCAAACUAGAGCAAGACAUGACUGCUGUUCAGGAAGGAGAAGAGGACACGUUUCCCGAUGAUAUGACCUCUCUGCUCAAAGCAUCUCUUGGACUUUGAAUGCAAACUGUGAUGUUGUGACACUUGACACAGUUUGAUAGACGUACUGUAACACAUUGAAAUGUGCUUUACCUACACUACCUGCAAAAAAAUAAGUUUAAGAUGAACAGAUGUUUACAUUUCUUUUUUACUUACUGUAAUACCGUGUUGUAUGUUUGUUUGUGUUUUGUAAAUGUGGAUGAGUGUUUGAUUAAAAAAAAAGUUGUUUUGUUUGGUUUUCAAAGUUUUCAAAGUU